AUGAUGUUGCGGAGUUUGAUAGCAGCGAACAGAGCUGUGUACGCGCUGGAGAAAUGCUCCGGCGCGCUCGCAAGGAGGCUGAACUCGUGGACCCAGGAGGGAACGUUAAAGUCGCCGUACAAGGAAAUCGAGGUGCCGAGCUGCACGCUCUUCGAAUACGUGUGGCAGAAUUUGGACAAGUGGCCCCAGAGGACUGUUUCGGUGUGCGCUACCACUGGCAGAGGGUACAGUUAUGAGCAAGCGUUUAAACUAUCCAAUACUUUCGCCGCAAGCCUCCGCCUAAAGCUGAAAAUACGAGAUGGUGAUGCUGUAGCUGUUAUGCUGCCCAAUAUCCCCGACUUUCCGUUGGUGGUCCUGGGUAUAAUGGAGGCGGGGGGCAUCGUAAGCACAAUAAAUCCUAUUUACACUGCUCACGAAGUGCAACGACAACUGAUCAUGUGCAAUGCCAAAUCCAUCGUGACUCUGUCCGAAACGGUGAAUGUUGUUAAAGAAGCGUUAAGAUUGGCAAAGUUGAAUAUUCCCAUCAUAAGCGUUAGAACUAAUGGCGACGCUAUACCGGAGGGCACCGUUGCUUUCAACGAACUAACGGAAGACGUGCACAUCGACAAGUCAUGUCUGAAAGAAGUGAGAAGGGACGUCGACGAUAUCUGUUUUCUCCCUUACUCCAGCGGUACCACUGGCCUGCCAAAAGGCGUGGAGCUGAGCAGUAAAAACCUCAUUGCCAAUUGUGAACAGAUCAACGAGCCUUUGAUUAAAUGCCAUAACGAGACAACUGACACGCAUCAGGACGCAGUGAUGACAGUGCUGCCUCUGUUCCAUAUUUACGGUGCCUCAGUGCUGAUGUUCCACAAGAUGGCACACGGCAUAAAGUUGGUGACGUUGGCGAAGUUUCAGCCGGAAGCAUUCUUCGAUGCUCUCGAAAAACAUAAGACGAAUCUCCUGUUUGUUGCACCACCAAUGGUGAUUAUGAUGGCAACACAUCCAGCGGGUUCAUCAGAGAAAUUUCAGUAUUUGGAAACCAUCAUAAAUGGCGCUGCACCGUUGGCACAAACCGAUGCGGAAAAGUUUUUCACCAAAUGUAAGCGGAAACUGGACUUUCGACAAGGAUACGGGCUAACGGAGACUUCACCUGUUUUAACAAUGACACCCAGAGGACUAGAAAAUUACGGAUGCAUUGGGUAUCCGAUACCCAGUACGGAACUAAAAAUUGUUAAUAACGAAAUGAAAUCUUUGGGACCCAAUGAAAAGGGAGAGUUGCUUGCCAGGGGACCCCAAGUGAUGCGGGGAUACAGGAACAAUCCUCAAGCAAAUGCUGAAGCGUUUACUGCAGAUGGAUGGUUCAGAACUGGAGAUUUGGUAGUGGCCGACGAUUCCGGUAUUAUCACUAUAUCCGACAGACUGAAGGAGCUGAUCAAGGUGAAGGGUUAUCAAGUGCCUCCAGCAGAACUCGAAGCAGUACUACGGGAACACCCAGACGUAAGAGAUGCGGCAGUGGUCGGCGUGCCCCAUCCUACAAACGGGGAGGCCCCAAAGGCAUUCGUCGUCUUAAAUUCCGGUUGUAAAACAAGCGCCAAGGAAAUUAGUGAGUUUGUCAGAAACAAGGUUGCCGCUUACAAGAGGAUAGACGACAUCACAUUCCUAGAUAGCAUACCAAAAAGCUCGGCGGGUAAAAUUUUAAGGAAGGAUUUAAAAGAAAAAUACUGU